CCACUUGGGAGAUUCCUGAGGCUGGGGGUCCAGGCGAGGGCGGGGCGGGCAGGAGGGCGGUGGCGGAGCCAGGCUCUGGGGCUGGCGGCAGAGCAGCCUCUCCGGGGAUCCCGGUCCAGCCUGAGCGGGAGUCCCGCGGGCGGACAGACAGCGCUGCGGCCGGGGGCGCGCUGGGUACCUCCAGUGAAGAGGGCCUGCUUCGCGGCUGAGGGCCCCUAUUCACCGGCCGGGGCCGGACGAUCAGAAAAAAUAACGUCUGUGCCUUCCCGGAGAGGAAAAUGAAGCGGCGGGAGCGGCUCGGGCCACGUUCCCGGACCCCGAUGUCAAAGCUCCCCGGGCCCCGUCCCCUCCACACUCACAUCCCGCCGCUGUGCGACCCCGGGCCGCGGCCUCUAGAGAAAUGUCCCGGGGCAGGGGGCGGCGAGCUCCGCUCUGCAGCUCCACACACCCGCGUCGGAGAAGACGGAGGGGGGGCGGGGGCGGGAGAGGCCCAGGGAGGGCGCGGGGGAGGGAAGAGGCGCCCGGGCCGCGGGGUGGGGGGGGAGGGGGAGCGGCAGACGCCGAGGCGAGGGACGCUCGCGGCGGGCGGCGGCUCCGAGAGGCGGCCGGGCGGGGGGCGCUGGAAGCCAGGCCGGCCAGCGGGGAAUCCCAAGAGCUCCAUGAAGUCUCCCCGGGGCCGCGGACGGGGCGCUGUCCUGGGGAGGCUGUCGGGGGAUCCCCGACACCCAUGGCUAGGCGGGGGCCGCGGCGGCGCGCUCGGAGUAAGUCGGGGUUGGGGGCCAGCGGCGAGGGGAGCGGGUUGGAGUUGGGUAGGGUGACUCCGGGCCUGACCGGGGCGGGCGGGCUGGUUUGUCUCGGUGUCAGUCAGCGGCGCCUCUUCGGAGCCCCGUGGAGCCGCCAGCCCCGCGCCGCUCGGCUCCGUGGCUUUUUUGGAAACUUGCAAAUGUUUUCGUAGAGAGAAAAGGGGGAGGGGAGGGAGGGAGCGAGGGAGUGACCGAAACGGAGCUCGGGGCUGCUGGAAGAACGGAGGCCAAGGCCGGGGGAGCUAGAGACGGACUGACAGACAGGCAGAGAGACCGGGCGUCCCGGCCGCAGGCGCGCUCUAGCGGCGCGGGCGCAGGCGGGGCUCCGGCCGAGGAUGGGGAGGAGUGCCGGAGGCGGCCGCGGACGGGAUGAGGAUCAGAGGGGGCCGAGGGGCAAGGAGCUGGCGGCCCGAUCGCCGAAGGGCUCAGUGUCUUUGCAAAGUUGGGAUCGAGUACCCAAGCUGCACGCCCGGAGCUGCGCAAAACGCGUCCGCCCACCCCGCCCCCCUACUUGCGCUAGCCGCGGAGCUAAAAAUAACAGCCCGUUCGCCCCCUGCAGACCGCGACCCCAACCCCUCCCCCGCCCCCUCCCCCACUGGGCGUGGGGCAAAGCCACAGCUCCCAGUUCCCCAAAAGAAAAAAAAAAGAAAAGAAAAGGCGGUGCGGGGGGAGAGGGGGGCGGGGGGCGGGCCGGGGGCGGGGGGCCCGGCCAUAUGGAUGUGAUUUCUCCUCUCCGAGGCAGACGGGCAGCUCCGCAGCUCUCGGCGCCCGCCCGCCGCCCGCCCGGCCCCCGGCUGCCUCCCUUCCUCCCUCCCUCCCUCUCCUUUGCGCUCGCUCCCUAGCCCUCAGCGCAUGGGCCCCGCGCCGGGCCCCGGGGCCUCGGGCCGCCGGGCCUCCGGGGUCCCCUAGGCCCUGGCGUGGGCGGGGCAGCCCGGCCUGACGCAGCUCUGUACCCCACCACCACCACCACCAGGGCCGGCAGCGGCGGCUGCCCCGAGGGACGGGGCCCUAGGCGGUGGCGAUGGGGGCCGCCCGGAUCGCGCCCGGCCUGGCGCUCCUGCUGUGCUGCCCAGUGCUCAGCUCCGCAUACGUGCUGGUGGAUGCAGAUGACGUCAUGACCAAAGAGGAGCAGAUCUUCUUGCUGCACCGUGCCCAGGCCCAAUGUGAGAAGCGGCUCAAAGAAGUCCUGCAGAGGCCAGCUGACAUAAUGGAAUCAGGCAAAGGAUGGGCAUCUGCAUCCACAUCAGGGAAGCCCAAGAAAGAGAAGGCAUCUGGGAAGCUCUACCCUGAGUCUGAGGAGGACAAGGAGGUGUCCGCUGGCAGCAGGCACCGAGGGCGCCCCUGCCUGCCAGAGUGGGACCACAUCCUGUGCUGGCCGCUGGGGGCACCAGGUGAGGUGGUGGCCAUGCCCUGUCCCGACUACAUUUAUGACUUCAAUCAUAAAGGCCAUGCCUACCGUCGCUGUGACCGUAAUGGCAGCUGGGAGCUGGUGCCAGGGCACAACCGGACAUGGGCCAACUACAGCGAGUGUGUCAAGUUCCUGACCAAUGAGACUCGUGAACGGGAGGUGUUUGACCGCCUGGGCAUGAUCUACACUGUGGGCUACUCCGUCUCGCUGGCCUCUCUCACCGUGGCUGUCCUCAUCCUGGCCUACUUUAGGAGGCUGCACUGCACACGCAACUACAUCCACAUGCACCUGUUCCUGUCCUUCAUGCUUCGCGCCGUGAGCAUCUUCGUCAAGGACGCGGUGCUCUACUCCGGCGCCACGCUUGAUGAGGCUGAGCGCCUCACGGAGGAAGAGCUGCGCGCCAUCGCCCAGGCACCGCCGCCGCCCGCCGCCGCCGCCGGCUACGUGGGCUGCCGGGUGACUGUGACCUUCUUCCUUUACUUCCUGGCUACCAACUACUACUGGAUUCUGGUGGAGGGGCUGUACCUGCACAGUCUCAUCUUCAUGGCCUUCUUCUCAGAGAAGAAGUACCUCUGGGGCUUCACGAUCUUCGGCUGGGGUCUGCCUGCCAUCUUCGUGGCUGUGUGGGUCAGUGUGAGAGCCACCCUGGCAAACACUGGGUGCUGGGACUUGAGCUCCGGGAACAAGAAGUGGAUCAUCCAGGUGCCCAUCCUGGCCUCCAUUGUGCUCAACUUCAUCCUCUUCAUCAACAUUGUCCGGGUCCUCGCCACCAAGCUGCGGGAGACAAACGCUGGCCGGUGUGACACGCGGCAGCAGUACCGGAAGCUGCUCAAAUCCACACUGGUGCUCAUGCCGCUCUUUGGCGUCCACUACAUCGUCUUCAUGGCCACGCCAUACACCGAGGUCUCAGGGACGCUCUGGCAAGUCCAGAUGCACUACGAGAUGCUCUUCAACUCCUUCCAGGGAUUUUUUGUCGCCAUCAUAUACUGUUUCUGUAACGGCGAGGUACAGGCUGAGAUCAAGAAAUCCUGGAGCCGCUGGACAUUGGCACUGGACUUCAAGCGCAAGGCACGCAGCGGGAGCAGCAGCUACAGCUACGGUCCAAUGGUGUCUCACACGAGUGUGACCAAUGUAGGGCCCCGCACGGGACUUGGCCUGCCCCUCAGCCCCCGCCUGCUGCCUGCUGCCACAGCCAAUGGCCACCCCCAGCUGCCCGGCCACACCAAGCCAGGGUCCCCAGCCCUUCAGACCACACCACCAGCCGUGGCCGCUCCUAAGGACGAUGGGUUCCUCAACGGCUCCUGCUCGGGGCUGGAUGAGGAGGCGUCUGCACCAGACAGGCCACCUGUCCUAUUGCAGGAGGAAUGGGAGACAGUCAUGUGAUUGGGGACCCGAGGGUUGGACCUGUGGACAUAAGGGUGGACAAGCGGACCAAGAGACAGGUUGUUGGACAGUUGCCCACUCAGGACUGGGGCUGGGAGGAUAAAACAGGAAAAAAAAAAAAAAAAAGGAAAAGGAA